GGUGCGGCCGCCCGCGGGCUGGACGUGGCUUCCUACCGGGAGCGGGUCCGUGCCAUGUUCUACCACGCCUACGAGCACUACCUGGAGAGCGCCUUCCCUUACGAUGAGCUGCGGCCGCUGACGUGCGAUGGGCAGGACACCUGGGGCAGCUUCUCCCUGACCCUGAUCGACGCCCUGGACACCCUGCUGAUCUUGGGAAAUGUUUCUGAGUUCCAGCGAGUUGUCAACGUGCUGCAGGAAGGAGUGGACUUCGAUAUUGAUGUCAACGCAUCUGUCUUCGAAACAAACAUUCGAGUGGUGGGAGGGCUCCUCUCUGCUCACCUGCUCUCCAGGAAGGCUGGGGUGGAAGUGGAAGCAGGCUGGCCGUGCUCGGGGCCUCUCCUGAGGAUGGCUGAGGAAGCAGCUCGCAAACUGCUGCCAGCUUUCCAAACCCCGACUGGGAUGCCCUAUGGCACAGUGAACCUGCUGCAUGGAGUAAACCCUGGGGAGACCCCAGUCACCUGUACUGCUGGAAUUGGCACGUUUAUAGUGGAGUUUGCCACCUUAAGCCACCUCACUGGUGACCCAGUGUUCGAGGACGUUGCCAGGAAGGCUUUGAAGGCCCUGUGGAAAAAUCGCUCAGAUAUUGGGCUGGUGGGGAACCACAUUGAUGUCAUCACUGCCAAGUGGGUGGCCCAGGAUGCUGGGAUUGGGGCAGGGGUGGACUCCUACUUUGAGUACCUGGUUAAAGGAGCCAUCCUCCUGCAGGACAAGGAGCUGAUGUCCAUGUUUUUAGAAUAUAACAAAGCUAUCAAGAAUUACACCAAGUUUGAUGACUGGUACCUGUGGGUUCAGAUGUACAAAGGAACGGUGUCCAUGCCUGUGUUCCAGUCCCUGGAGGCCUAUUGGCCAGGCCUGCAGAGCCUCAUUGGGGAUGUAGACAAUGCCAUGCGCACCUUCCUCAACUAUUACACGGUCUGGAAGCAGUUUGGGGGCCUGCCCGAGUUCUACAACAUUCCCCAGGGAUACACAGUGGACAAGAGGGAAGGAUAUCCACUCAGGCCUGAGCUGAUUGAGAGCGCGAUGUAUCUGUACCGUGCCACGAGAGACCCCACACUCCUGGAGCUGGGCAGAGAUGCUGUGGAGUCCAUAGAGAAAAUCAGCAAAGUGGACUGUGGGUUUGCAACUAUCAAAGACUUGAGGGACCACAGGCUGGAUAAUCGCAUGGAAUCCUUCUUCUUGGCUGAAACAAUCAAAUACUUGUACCUGCUGUUUGACCCAGACAAUUUCAUCCACAAUGACGGCUCAGACUUCGACGUGGUGGUCACACCGUAUGGGGAGUGUGUCCUCAAUGCUGGAGGCUACAUCUUCAACACCGAGGCUCAUCCCAUUGACCCUGCUGCCCUGCACUGCUGCAGGAAACGCAGGGAAGAGCAGUGGGAGGUGGAAGACUUGAUGAGGGAAUUCUACUCAAGGAAGAAAACCAAGAAAUUCAUUUUAAAAAGAGCUCCUAACUAUGGUGAGGGGGAAAGUGCAAAAGACCCCGAAGAUGCCUCUUCAGAGAAAGCUGGAGAGAAGAGAAACCCUAAGAAAAGCUCACACUCCCUCCUGAGCUGCCCCAGUCAAUCUUUUAAUUCCAAGCUUGCAGUACUGGGACAGGUCUUCCUGGAUAACACCUGAUCCUCUUUGUGUCAUCAGUUUAAAUUUUUGAACUCGUUUCAGAUUCUGGGAAUAUAUUUUUAUAGUUUCAUAAUGGAAAGUGUGGUACUUCACAAUGUGAAUUCUAUUAUGAAGUGAAACAACUUACCAUUAAAUUGUGCUACUGCUCCUUUCUAAGCCAUGACUCAGAUACCAGCUGUUAAUGCUGUCGAGCUGCUGAUCUCAAAGCAGUUGGUUGCCUGAAUAUCAAACAGGUGUCCAGAAAAAGAAAGGGCUACAUGUUAAAUGUAACUUUUUUAUUUCAUUUUGUGAGUUUUAGAGACUUACAGAAGGAUCCCAGCUUCCUUGUUCUGAAAAAAUGAGCCUGAGUUUCUCGUCAUAAAGGGGGAAAGCAGGAAUUACUGUAGCUUCACUACAGCUCUCUGUGUGUUCCACCUUUUAUCUCUGGCCACUUUAUAAACAUGUUGUUCAUAUUGAAAAUUGCUGCCCAGUGGAGAAAACCUAUUCAUUUUGAGGUGAAGGCUCAGAUUCGUAGCUCGGGCAGUUCUGUUGGGCAUGAAGGAUGGUGUGGGGGGAGAGGAGCUCUUGGAACAUGGGACAGUGCUCAGUCUCCCUGUUUCAGAUCAAUGUGGGUCUGUACCUCCUGCCUGAAAACCACUUCAGUAAAUGUCCAGGGAAUGUCUGGACAAAAAGCUGAGCUGGAGGGUGGACUAGGAAAUGUUUGAUUCCACAGUGUAGCUUGCUUUCUUUUUAAAGAAUCCAACAUGGUUAUCUCUUA